AUGACAUCAAACAUUGUAGAAUCAGUAAAUGCGGUCACAAAGGCAGCUAAGAAUUACCCCAUUGUAUUCUUGCUGGAGUCAUUGAUACAAACAGUACAAAAUUUGUUCUAUAAACAUAGAGACGAAACGCAUGGAACUUUCACGAUGUUGACUAACAAGUUCGAGAACGUCAUGAGGAGAAUGAGUUCAGAAUUAAGGAACUUGAGGAAAUAUGCAUGUGAUUAUAUCAUAGGUGUCUAUGACAUGGAAUAUAUGAAUGUCUGUGACCUAUUCUUUUUUGAGUUUAAACUAACACAUAGCAUUGGUGCUAUUACACUCUCACAGGUAUCUCCUUCCAACCAAACAGUGUUCUCCGUGAGCGAUGAAAGGUCCACAUUUGUUGUCGACAUUGAGCAACAUACAUGCACUUGCAGGAUGCUGCAGGUCGAUCUGAUGUCUUGUCCACAUGCAUUGGUUGUAAUCACACAUACGAAAAGGGAUGCAUAUUCUUACUGUUCCUAUUAUUACACAAAAGAUGCAUAUGUAAAUGCUUACGAAAGUUCGGUAUAUCCUGUUGGAAAUCCAGACGAGUGGAGAGUGCCCGAUGAAGUAGAAUUCCAAAUUGUUUUAGCUCCUAACCAAAAGCGGAGUUCUGGAAGACCUACUGAGAAGAGGAAGAGAUCAUCUAGGGAAGGGAAACCAAAAGUAAGAUGUGGACGUUGUGGUGCACAUGGUCACAACCGCAGGAGGUGUUCAAGUUUGGUCUCAUUAAGUAAGAACGGUUGA